AUGGCCGGAUCCUACACCCUGAGGGCUUGGAAAGCAGUGAGCAUUCAACAAUCGAGCGAGCGCACCAAAGAACUGCAACGACAGUUUACUCGGAGUUUGAUUGCGCAGGUAGGGGCAUGAUUUUGUUAUGUAGCCUUUCUGUAUAUACUACAUAUAUACAUAUAACUCAUAAGGGAAUGUUUCCAAGUGCAGCGCUCUGAUUUUCCUCUCCCGUCGAGAGAGUAAGCGCAGAGAACGAUCUGGGCGUCGCACUUGGAGUACAAGUCGAUAAAAACCCAAAAUUGCUAUAAGAAAUACUGUAGCACCUUUUACUUCAACGGUCAUACUGUACAUAUAUGUAAUUUUCAGACAAUAAACGCUGGAAUUUUCGCUAUUUUCCCAAUUGCAUUGGUCUGCAUUGCCAUGCAAUGGCGACUUGACGGGAAAAUGAUAGGAACAGCGGUUAUGUCACCGCUCAGCUGGCUUCCUUCAGCCAAUGCCAUCCUGACAAUUUACUUGAUCAAGGCGUACCGACGAUAUGUUAUGCGGCUGAUGGGAUGUCGUCCUCGGCGCGUUGAUGGAGACAGUUCAUUGGGCGCCAUGACCACGGGAAAGAGUGGGCAAUUCUCGUCGGGGCGACAAUUCUCGACAAGGGAAGAGGUCAUGAUUGCUUAA